CUUACGUUGGUAGCGGUGUACACAUUUAUGUUCCCGUGUGUGUUUACUUCUGAAAAUGUCUUCUCUAACGGAAGAUGUGGUCCGUCAGCGGUCAAAGUCAGGUCGGACGUGUUUAACAUAUUCUGGAAAGGUUUAUGAUGUCACCGACUUCGUCUCUAAACACCCAGGAGGCGUCGAUGUUUUGGAGAAGCACGCGGGACAAGAUGUGACAGAAGCGAUGCACAGUUCGGAAACCCAUAAACACUCCAGAUAUGCAUUUACCAUGUUAGACAAGUAUUGUGUUGGAAAAGUUCAGAAUACUUCGGAUGAAGACCUGUGUUUGAUGGGGAAGCCAAAUGCCAAGUACUUCUACAACAGACAGGAAGGUUAUAAGGAUCCUGUGGAUUGGACCAAACCAGUUCUCCCACAGAUUCCCAUGCUGCGCGAGAAAUACUUUGAGUGGACUCACCAACCAACAGAUUUGCCCCUGCGCCUCUUCCACUCCGACUUUGUGGAAUACUUCUCCAAGUGUUCUUGGUGGAUGGUGCCCAUGUACUGGGUGCCCGUCAUGCUGGCGAUGAUCUACUGGGCCUACACCGGACUCAGCGAGCACCCCGAUGUGUGGCUGCCAUGGUUGGCAGGAGGUAUUGAGAUCAACGUGUCCAGGAUGCCAUAUCUGUUUGCCCUGGGUGCUCUGUCGUGGACACUGCUAGAAUAUGUAAUUCAUCGCUGGGUAUUUCACCUGAAACCUCCCACGCAGUAUCCCAUCAUCCUCCAGCUGCACUUCCUGUUGCAUGGACAGCACCAUAAGUGUCCCAUGGAGAAGGGUCGACUAGUAUUUCCGUUGGUGCCAGCCAACAUCUUGGCGUAUAUAGUGUACUCCGGAGUAAGUCUGGUGUGUCCUCUGCUGAUGACGCUGUCCCUCAUCUCGGGGACGGUGCUGGGCUACAUGAUGUAUGAUCUCACACACUACUACCUGCAUCAUGGCUCACAGCUCACAUACUUCAAGAACCUGAAGCGAUACCACGUCAAACAUCAUUUUGAACAACAGCAUAAAGGUUUCGGAAUAUCAAGUAAACUGUGGGAUUAUCCAUUCAAUACUCUCAUAACAGAGUGACCUUGACCCUUGCCGUAGAUUGUUUGACUGUGGAAGACAUGGAAGGAAACUGAGGCUAUCCCAUCCGCCUGUGAAACAGGAAGCCCUUCUGUUCUGUCAUCCUGACAGUGUUUUAUGUGUAGACAUUGACAAACAUCUUUAUAGCCUAGGAAAAGUGUGAUGAAUCUAAUAUCGACGACAGUGUUAGUCAAGAUUCUAAAAUUAUAAAACUCUUAAACUGA